AUGAGCCGAAAUGUGUUUGGGAAACUGACUGGGGGGAUCGGUCCCCACCUGUGGCAAAGUAAUGCCCUCGCCCUCAAUACGUACAAGGCCUACUCAUCGGCCAUGGGUUGUCUCAUCCAAAGGUACGGAACCACGAAACCAAUCAACAGAUCCAUGGGCAGAGACAAAAAAGAAGUGUACAAGUACUAUAGCGAAAAAUUACGGGAAGACAUCGGUCCCCUCAAACUUAUGAGAAGUUUGCCUGCCUUAAACCACUACGUCAGCUUCCUCGACAUGACAAAAUUUACCAUCAAGUAUAUUUUGAGUUAUCGCUUCUUCUUCAUUUACAUGGCGCGGACAACGUUUCAGGCUGUCCGGCCGUUGAUGGCGUUCUGCGUCUUUGGCGAGCUCAUGAAGCUUAUACUCGCCACCAUGACGAGUGGCGUGUUCGCCUUUUUCUUUUCCUUCGUCCUUGCUUUUGAAGUACUUUACUUUUUCCUGCAGUGCUACAUUUCCUACACUUUCUUGACCAUGUUUUUCGACGUCAUGUUUUGA